UGGUUGCGCGCGCGGCCCGCGGCAGCUCGGAGCCUCCGCCGGGCGGGCGGGGAGGGGGAGGGGCAGGUUUUGAUUCCCACCAUGGCUAUCACACAGUUUCGGUUAUUUAAAGUUUGCACCUGCCUCGCUACAGUAUUCUCAUUCCUAAAGAGAUUAAUAUGCAGAUCUGGCAGAGGACGGAAAUUAAGUGGAGACCAGAUAACUUUGCCAACUACAGUUGAUUAUUCAUCAGUUCCUAAACAGACGGAUGUUGAAGAGUGGACUUCCUGGGACGAAGACGCCCCCACAAGUGUAAAGAUUGAAGGAGGCAAUGGGAAUGUAGCAACACAACAAAAUGCCUUGGAACAACUGGAACCUGACUAUUUUAAGGACAUGACACCAACUAUAAGGAAAACUCAGAAAAUCAUUAUUAAGAAGAGAGAACCAUUAAAUUUUGGCAUCCCAGAUGGUAGCACGGGUUUCUCUAGUAGAUUAGCUGCUACACAGGAUAUGCCUUUUAUUCAUCAAUCUCCUGAAUUAGGUGACUUAGAUACCUGGCAGGAAAAUACCAACGCGUGGGAAGAAGAAGAAGAUGCGGCCUGGCAAGCAGAAGAAGUUCUGAGGCAGCAGAAGAUAGCAGACAGAGAAAAGAGAGCAGCAGAACAACAAAGGAAGAAAAUGGAGAAGGAGGCACAGCGGCUAAUGAAAAAGGAACAGAACAAAAUUGGCGUGAAGCUUUCAUAAUGGAUGUCCUUCACAUGUCAUAGUGCCAGUAAGAGAGAUAGGAGCUCAACAACUCAAGCAACAUUUGUAUGGAUUUAAGAAUAUUUUCAGAAUACAAACACAUUGCUUGAUUUUAAUGCAUUCAUCAGACCAUCUAGGAGACCAGGAUUCUCUCAAAGUACCUUGAGCUCUUAGUGAUUGAGACUCAAAAAAAAAAAAAGACCUACGAGGCAAUAUUUUUUUUCAACAUGCUCCAAGUGUAAGACAGUUGUUUGCUGUAAAAAAUUAUUACAAAUGGAAUAUACCAGUACCUCUUCUAGCUAGUGUUUCUAGCUAAAUAAAUGGGUGUAAAUAAUUUUAUGGUGGGAAAGAACUCUGCUCUCUAUAAUGCUUUCCUUCAUUGUGCAUAAUGAUAAAAUAAAUAAUUUUAAAUAUUCCUUUGUUUCCAUGAUUAUCUGACCUAACUCAGACAAACUGCAGGGCUUUUAACCUCUUUAUUUUUGUUGUCAGAAGCUGGUAUUGGCAUACAUUUCUUCUAGUUUGAACUGGUAAUGUUUAUGUUUAAUAUGACGUUAAGGAAUUUGAUGACUUUGGUUUUCAAGAAAAUGACAUUAAAUGCAAUAAUUUUAUUUAUCAUAAAGAUUUUAUACAUCGUUUUCUUUUAGAUGGUACUGUAAUGGUAUACAUAUUUGUAAUUUAUACUGCAUGUAUAAACAUUGAAAAUCAGCAAAAAUGACAAAUUUGUUUUGCAUUAUUUUAACU